AUGGAUUUUUUCAACCUUGCUGAUUGUGUUUCGCGGACUCGCGCUGGCGUCCAGGAGUAUGUGUCCGGCGUCAGUGUUGCAUCGCCAGCCCCGGCUCCCCGUGUGCGAUGCCCCCACUGUCCGACGAACUUUGUGAACACAAAAGGCCUGGGAGUCCACAUGAAAACAAACCACAGCACGGCAAACAUGUUCCAAGGCCAGCGACUGCAGCGGAUGCUGGGAGACGAUGCGAAGGGGGAUGUCCUGUUGUGGGAGCGUGCCGGACCUGGGCGCUGUUAUCAUGUGAAGUUCGAUGGCAUCACGGGGGCAGCUUCGUUCGUCCUCCAGCCGAAGCGUCUCCCCGACAUCGACCUGGAAUCUGAAGGCUUCACGCGUGCUGAACCUAAGUCGGCUCGUCGUGGCGCUGCCAAGCGCAAUCGCUACGGCUAUACGUCCCUCUGGCUGGCCGAGCACCUCACCCCUCUGCAGUACCUGGAAACCCACAUGAAUGUCCCUCUCCCCAACAUCUGCAAGUGGGUAAAGGAGGAGAACGAGAUCGUGGCGGGCGCCGCAGACGAGGUGAAGCAGACGCUACUCGCGAAACAGCAGCCAAAGCGGUGGUUUCCUAUCGCCGAGAAGGAGCUAUACAAUCGUUUCUUGGCUCGCCGCAGGAAGAAGCUGAAGGUGUCGACCCUUUGGCUCACCGUCACGUUCCGGAAGCUGAUGGAGGAACACCACCCUACCGACAGCCGGGCGGCAUUGUUUCGACCUUCCUUCGGGUGGAUGCAAAAAUGGGCCAAGAGACACAAAGUGGCACCAAGGCGCCGUUCCAACAUAAAGGCCAAGAGGUUUCGCCAGCUGAUCCGCGAGCUGGUGCAGCGGAGGAAGGUAGUCUUCCCUGAGAGUGCAUCACUGUCUGCGGGUGGGGCGGAGGAGCCCAGGCUAGAAAAGUACAGGCAGUUCCAGCUGUUGGAGCGUUUCGACGUGGAUCAGCAAGGCGUGAAGCGAGUAGCCGUCAGCCAGUCCUUUGCCGGACUGGAGAAAAGGCAGUGCACCAUGCAAGUCAUCUUUGGUCCCGGUAAGAGGGCCGCGUACCACAGGAAUGUGGAUGUCUUCUUCCAAGAAAGCGCGUGGGCUGACCAGGACUUUUGCAUGGAGUGGGCCAAGGAGUCCUUUCGCCCGAGCUUGAUGCGCGGGAGGAGCCAGCUCCCCAUGGAGAGGACCCUCCUUCUCAUGCACAACUUGCACGCGCAGACGACGGACAAGUUCAAGGACUAUCUAUCCAAGCAAUGCAACUCACUUCCCUGGGCAGCCAUGGAAGAAUUCGACAGCCGCGAGGAAUACCGGUUCCGCCUUUUCGAAAAGAGUGGCAUGGCGAUGACUGUCGACGGUUCAGGCGAUGACCGAAUCUCGUUGGAGGGUCUGGACAAGGCGUACACCUUCGCGGGCGAUGGGGACUCCAGCGACGACGAGGGAUCUUCCGAGACUAGCCACGAUGGGUGCGGGGGUGGGGAUGACCAGACGGUUGAGGGCGAGGGGGACCACAGCGGCGAGGGAGUGGAGGACGGCGAUUCUAGCGACGAAGACACUCGUGAGACGGCCAGUGGCCAGAUGGACGAGCUGAGUCAUGUGGACGACGACGACAGCAUGGAAUCGGACGACGAGAUUCGUGCCAUGGAGAUUCCGGAUGGGUUUCGCAUUCAAGCAUCUACACCGGCAGCUCUUGACAAUUCGUUACUGCAGCGUGGAUUACUCGUUAGGCUGGGCAUGGGGUGGUUUGGGGGGGUGAUCACUCGACAGUCUCAGGAGCGCACUCGCCACCUUUACGACUACCGUGUGCAUCUCGACCUCGACCGAAGUACGCGCAGCAUGAAGCUGCCGUUGGAAAUGUACAAAGGAGAUCCGGAUGCGGUGGUGGGCUCGUGGAUCUUGCUUGAGAGGAACACGGUCGAGCAGGUGGAUGGGAGCGGAGCUACAGGCACGUCGGGCGUAGCGGGAAGGGAACGCAGGCCGAACGUGAUCCUUAUCGACUAA